AAUGGAGUUUGUUUUUGUGUGUGAUUUUGUUGUGACGACAAAAACGAGGGAAUUUAAUUAAGAUUACUGGGGAAUUCAAUUUAAGAAAGCUGUUAAUGGUCCAGCAUCUGCAAUUUUUUUCCCUCUAACAUAAUUUAUGAAACCUAGUAAUUACUACAAAGCACUAUGCGGUUUAAAGAUCUACUGACACAAUCGAUGAGACACCGCAGUCCAACUUUUAGUAAAAAUGAAGUCAAAACUUUAUUGGACCUUAUAGAUAAAUAUAAAACAGUAUUGUUAAAUAAAUCAAGUAAUACCACUGCCUGCCAUGCAAAAGAACUGACCUGGGCUAAAAUAACGAAAAUAUUCAAUUCUAAAGGAUUUGAACAUAAAAGAAGUAUGAGUUGUUUAAGAAUGAAAUGGGAUAAUCUUAAAAGAUUCGCUAAAAAAGCAUCUGAAAACUUACUUGAAGUUGGUGAUAGUGAUUUUGAUAGCCAAAUAGUGACUAUGCUAACUGAAGUGGAACAUAAUAAAAAUGUGACACCACUAACAAAGGACUCUGAGGAUGACGAAGAAUUAGAGGAAACAAAAGAAGACUUGGAGGAAAGAAAAGCAGACUUGGAGAAAUAUUGUGUUAUCAAACAAGAUGAGGAUUCUCAGAUGUUUUCAGGAGGUGAAAAUGAUAAAAAGAGUGCCAAAUUUGCUACUCGGUCCAUGAACUUUACGGCACAUGAAUGCAGCCUACUUCUCAAAUGUAUAAGAGCCGAAAAAAGGAACAUAUUUUCAAAGGAAACUAACAGUGCUGCUCUAUGCUUAAAAAAUGAUGCUUGGAUUCGGGUUACAAAGAACUUUAAUAGACAAAGCCCAACUAAAAGAUCAGUGAAUAUGCUCCGAACAAAGUUUAGCAACAUGAAGAGAUCAUGUUCUAAAAACAUUGAUAUUUCCGCUGAUAAAAAUAAAUUUGUGAUACCAAAAUUGAUCAAAGAUGACAUACAGAAAAUAAAAAUAGAACCAACUUUUAAAGAAGAUAAAGAUGAAAUCCAACAAAAUGAUGACAGUGAACAAGACGACGAUAUUUCUAGCAACCAUGGUCAAAAUUACGAAAACAGUGACAUAAAAAGUACAAACAAAGCCGUAAACACCAAAGAAUCCCCUGAUCCGCUUAGUAUAAUCGUCAAAGAAUCAGAAAUAGGAUUAAUGAAUAUUGAUACAAUUAGCAAUUCGAAUAACAAUGAAAUAACCAAACUAAAAUUGGAGAUACUGAAAUACCAAUUGGAAAAUGCAAAGUUAGAAAAGAAGAGGAUAGAAGAUGCUAUCCUUGCGGAGGCAGCUAUAGCGGAGGCGAGAGCGACAGAGACAGAGCUACUUCUGCGAGCUGCGCGUUUAAAAGCGGUCGCGGCGGCUUCAGAGCUCCCUGAGGGACACCCCGCGCUACAAUAUACGUCAGAAGAAACGCGUGCUAAGCGGUACAUCGAUAGCAGCUGCUGCCCUCAGACUUGAGACUUUAUUACUAAGGUACUAAUGAAUAUUAUCGUUUAAAAUGGCCUGGUGAUAUUGCCAAUUUGUUUUCAGUUACUUAAUUAUUACAUUAUAAUAAAACUGAAAAGACUGUUAUAGUUUAAGCACAAAUCAUACACUCAACAUCAAAUAAACCGCACCUUCCGCGACGCGAACUUUAAAGAUUUUCUUCUGACACAAUCAUGGUGCCCCAACAAUAUUGGUGUUAUUUGAAAUCCCAAUAAAUAUCCUUACAGAAAAACACAUUUAAUUUCUAAAUAAAUGAUUAACAUAUACCAUAAAUGUGACUUGAAAACAGACCUCACUUUGGGCUCACCUCUGGGAUCAAUUAGACCAAUUUUUAUGGUUAUAAAACCAAAUAAAGAUCUCACGUGUCCUCUUUAACAGAUGGAUAGCGAUUAAUCUCAACUUAACAGUUUUAUAGUCAUAAAAAAUGGCUAUAGCGUAACUACCUAUUUUUUGAAGAAGUGACUGGAUCCUUGUAAAGACACAUUUUUGGGGUAAAAACCUUUACUUUAAUGAAAUUAAGUUUAGAACUAGGCUUUCAAAUGGUACCAACGUUGGUGGGAAGUGGGGAUGCAUACGUUUGAUAAGUGCUUGUCGCGGGAGGUGCGAUUUAUUUGAUGCCGAGUGUAGAUAUGCAUUUGUUUAAAUCACAAAGUACUUUUCAUUCUGUUAGAGUCCUUAACUCUAUGUUAGUGAUAAUAUAAUUCUUAGGUCAUAAGUUAAUAAACACUUGCAGUGAAGUGAUUUAAAUGAAAAAAAUACUUGGGUUUCGUUAUAAAAUAAAACAAAAGACAUUAGAUACGAAAAUUUUGUAUAUUUUACUUGAUUGCGUUUUACAAGAUGAUUAAAUUACAAUUCAAUAAAAAUUAUUAUUUUAA